UGGAGUUUGUUGAGGGGGCGAUAUUGUCCUGCACUCCCUCCUGUCCUGUGUGCGCGAGUGCGCGCCUGCGCGUCCCGGGGUGUGUGUGUGUGUGUGUGUGUGGCGCUGGCGAGGGCGGAGAGUCCGCUGCGGAUCUCCUUCUUUUAGGAGUCUGAAACUCGAUCCCGUCCCGCCGGUUGCUAUAAAACAGUCGCGCGAUCACGGAGUCACCCGGAAGAGUCUGUGUGAAUAAUAUCAGUGUGAUCGGACAGUUUGGAGUUCAUUCUUGCGCUAAUAUCACUGAGAUGAGUCGCAGAUCUCCAGAUGUCCCGGAGUUUCAGGAAUGAGCUGACAUACACACAGUGUGCUCCGAUAUUCCUCCCCGUUCCCAUGGAGAACAUGACGCGUCCUGGAAGGAUAGACAGAUAAUGACUGCACUGCUUGUUUCUGCUCGAUCGAUGAGGGUUUUUUACGCAUGAGAAGACACACCAGCUUCAGAGAGAAUCUGAAGGAUUUGAAUUGAGGUAAAGCGCACUGGUUCUGUACGAAAGCAUGAGUUCUCUGUUGUUUGGAGAGGGGUUUCUGGGCGGUGUGGUGAGCGGUGCGCCAUCGGACGCGGUGCCCAGAGCUCUGCGCAACGACCUGGGAUCCAACAUACAUGUGCUCAAGACCCUCAACCUGAGGUUCCGCUGCUUCCUCGCCAAAGUCCAUGAGCUGGAGAGAAGGAACAAACUCCUGGAGAGCCAGCUGAAGCAAGCCUCCAGUCAGCCGAGGUAUCCCGGCUUCUCCUUCACGCGUGAGGUGGCCGUUCAGACUGACUCUCUGGAGUCCAGACUUCCAGGCACCAUCUGGAGUUACACGCAUAUUCUGAGACAUGGGGAGCGCGUGAAGGGACCCGGAGUCUCCUGGACCCAUCCGGACGGGGUCGGGGUCCAAAUCGACACCAUCACCCCAGAACUAAGAGCCUUGUAUAACGUCCUGGCCAAAGUCAAGCGAGAGAGGGAUGAGUACAAGAGAAAAUGGGAAGAGGAGCUGUCGAGAAGAGAACAGAUGGAGUCGAUGGUGGAGACGCUGCAGGAGAACGUGAACGAGUCUGAAGCCGCUCAGGACGGGUUGAACGAGAAGGUUGAAAGACUGAAAGCUGAACUGGUGGUCUUUAAGAGCCUCAUGAGCGAUGCUGGCGGGCGAUGCCGCUCUAGAGCCGUAGAGAACCGGAGGAAAAUCCUGGACCUGAAACAAAUGUCCGACCUCGACUCCAAGAUUCAGGAGAAAGCCAUGAAGGUGGACAUGGACAUCUGCAGGAGAAUCGACAUCACGGCCAAACUGUGUGACGUGGCUCAGCAGAGGAACUCAGAGGACAUGUCCAAGAUGUUCAACAUCAGUCCUUCCAGAGCGCCAGCAGACAGGGCGGCGGUUGCAUGCAGAAAGAAGGAGAAGAAGCAGGUCUCGGAUGAGGAAAGCUCAGAGAUGGAUGCUGAUCCCAGCACUUCAGAGGAGGACGUUCCCUUUAACAUCACAGACGAGAUGAAGCGCAUGUUCAACCAGCUACAUUGUUCAGAUAACUCAUUUGUUGCUAGGCGGGAGACGUUUGAUGUCGAUGAUGACUGUGACAGUCUGACGUGGGAGGAGAACGACGAUACGCUCCUGCUAUGGGAAGAUUUCACCAACUACAACAUACCCUGUGCCCUUACCAACAGCAGCGGUGCUCUCGACUGCAACGGAGACGCUCCCGACACGGACGGCAGUCUCGGCAGUCUCAUCGAUGAGACCGAGUCUCUUUUCAAGACCAGAGAGCAGGAAUAUCAAAAGACAAUCGGACAAAUUGAGGUGGAGUUGGCCACCGCUAAGAGUGACAUGAACAGACACCUGCACGAGUACAUGGAGAUGUGCAGCAUGAAGCGAGGGCUGGAUGUGCAGAUGGAGACCUGCAGGAGAAUGAUCAAGGGUGGCAGAAAUUCUCCUUCCAUCAGCUCAACCGCGAGCAGUGACUCAGGGAACACUGACGAGAUACAAGACGAGUCAGACAAGGAUGGAGAGACGGAGGGGCCAAUCAGCUGAUACCUGCCCAGCCCGGCCCCGCCCUCUUCCCCCCACGAGCUCCAAUCAGCUCUCGGGCCACCCAGCAAUCGGCCAAUGGCUUUAUACUGAGGGACAGAGCCCACUCCCAGAAACCCAAAAUCCUGUAGGUGCUUUACCGUCUCCGAGUCAGAGUGGGGCGGAGUUGAUGAGGGUUGUUUUUGUGCUUGACAUCAAUAUCGAUGCGUCACACGGUGCAACAGCUCUGCUAUGAAUCGGAUCAGUCCCAGCCAAAAUACGUCACACAAUACACCUGAUCAAACCCAAAUCCAUAUCUUGAUGAACUGGAAAACGUUCAGUGACACAUCAGACUGAAAGCCAAUCAGACCAAAACGGACUGAACCCCCUCCGAUCAAACGCAUCAGAAUGAUCUCCUUAACAUUCGUGGCUUUUUAUUUUUCUAAAAACAAUUUCAGAAAUCAACGGUUUACUGCAGAAACAUUUCGGCCUUUUAAGCCCCGCACCCAGUCUUGAAAGUGGAACACAGAGCAAGCUCACGUUCUAUGCAAUCGGCCUUAUUUCGGGAUCUGUGUUUAUGAUUUGCCUUUGUUUGCAGCGCAGCCGAUUUCCUCUGUUAUGUUUUAAAGUGUUGCCCAGGCCUCACAAUGUUUACGCACAGAAUCUGUGGAACAGCGUCACAUCAUUUUGAGCUGCUACCAAUGACGAUUGAAGCUUUAAGGGUUACAGCUAUGUGCCUAAAUACUGUAUAUAUUGCAGGUUCAUUUUGGAUGGCCUUACUGCAUUUCCACUACUUUUUAAAGUUGCACUCAUCAUAAUCAUGAGGGAAAUAAUCAAAUAUAUUUUGUUGAUUGUAUGGGGACUUUCUUAUGUCUAAGCUCAUUUCUUUGCAAGGCUAAGAAUCGUCAAGAAUUUUCGGUGGAGGUUUUGAUUGUAUAUAGACCAUGUCCCAGCCAACAGGGAACGUUCUGGCAAGGUUCUCUCAAAAUUAUGAACAAACGAUCUUUCAGUGACGUUAACAGAACUUUUUUUUAAAGUUAUAUGGUCUUUAAUAAUGUUCUCAAAGUGUUAGCACAAAAACAUACAUUUUUUAAAUGUUGUUACUUGUUACUAAAGUAACAAUCCUUGAAUGUUUGCAAAAUGGAAUGUUUCUUUAAC